AUGAGUGGCGAAACCGCACGUGAUGUAACUGUCCUCAAAAAUAAAUAUAAUAACCUAAAGAAGAGGGCUAAAGGAAAUUUUGCACAGGAAAGAUCCAAUGCUUUUGGAACUGGUGGGGUCCCGUCGGACCCGUCACCAGUUACUGAGCUGGAUAUUCAAAUAAAGGAAAUUAUAGGUAAGCAAGUGACGGGUGAUGACUCCAUUUUUGACUCGGAUGCCAUGGAUGAUCAUCCAACAAGAGAAAAUGACAUAGAAAUUGUAGGCACUGAAGUUGUGGACGAAACCAUCACCAUUGAAAUUAAUGAUUCUGAUGGGAAAAAUGAUAAAGCUCACAUUCAGGCUAUAGUUAAAGAAAAAACUUUUGCAAAAGUUAUAAUAGAGCAUUCUUUAGAUAAUCAGUUGCGAAUAAGUCAUGAGCAACAUAACCAAGAAGUACGCAAAAAUCGAGAAAUCCUUAAAAGGCUAAUAGAUGUAGUAUGCUUCCUUGGUGAACAUGAGUUAGCAUUUAGAGAUCACAUUGAAUCUGAAAGCUCAUCAAAUAAAGGUAACUACGUCGAUUUAUUGAAUUUAUUGGCGAAGUAUGAUGAGCCAUUAAAAUUUCAUUUGGACAAUUCAAAAGUGUUCAAGGGUACUUCAAAUCUGAUACAGAACGAUCUAAUUGCGAGCAGAGGGGAGGUUGCAUUGAAGAGAAUAAAAACUGAAAUUAAAGAUGCAUCGUUUGUCGCCAUUAUGGUGGAUGAAACCACAGACAUCGCGAAUGAAACAAAAGAACGAUUUUUGGGUUUUGUUAACAUCUCAUUAGAAAGAACAGCAUCUAGCCUUUAUAAUUUAGUUCAAAAAACUAUUGAAGAACUAGAGUGCGGUUCAAAAUUAAUAGCACAAAGUUACGAUGGCGCAGCAGUGAUGGCAGGAGAACUGGGAGGGCUUCAAGCAAAAUCAUCGAAGAGGAGUAGUGCUUUAGAUUCAGAGGUUCAUAAAAGAAUGCCAAAAGUUGCUCCAACUAGAUGGAAUUACAAUGGUAGAUUAGUUCAGACUAUUUACGAAUAUCGACAGCCACUUAUAGAACUUUUUGAAUUAUUUCUAAAUCAAGAAGAGCGGUGGAACCAUGAAACCGUUGUUUGUUCCAGAGGGUAUUUAUCCCUGUUGACCAAAGAUAAAAUUUUUAAUUUACUAUUGAUUAGUUUUUCUGAUAUACACUGCGUUUCAUAUAAAAUGCACCACCUAGAAGGAAUAACACCUAUUGAAAGAGGGCGAAUGAUUGGGAUGCAUGAGGCUAGUUUACCAUUUCGGGAAAUCACCAGAAGACUCGGCCCAACGGAUUCUACGAUAUUAAGAACAAGUCGAGAAUGGAACAACGAAGAGCUACAAAUGCGUCGCAGGGGAACAAGUCUAGGUCUUGUUUGUGGCACUCUGAUGGACGCAUACGUGUUCGAAGGCCUUGAGGCCAAAGGUGGUGCAUUUUAUUUGAAACGCAGUGUAUUUCCUUUCUGCGACAAUGUAUUUGCUGUUCUACAAAAUAAAACCAGCGACAUUAAAUUUUGUAUUAAAAAUAUUAACGAAUUUAAAUCAAUCAUAUCAUCCAAGAGGGAAAAAUUCGACGAAAUUUGGAAUAAAUUUCAUAUGUUUGAUAUUGGCACUGAACCAGACAUGAAAAGAAGUCGCAUUGCUGUAAUUGGAGCUUGCUUUCAGAGACUAUAUUUUGAAAUUAUUGACAAUAUUACGUCUCACAUGGAUACGCGAUUUCAAAAUUUCAGCAAUCUAGAAUUUUUAGAACUAGUGGAUUUUAAUAGUCAUACUGUAGUUUCGGAAAGUGCUUUGGAGUGUCUUAAAAGGAAGUAUUCAGUUUAUUUUGAUUUUCACUCCUUGCGUUCUGAACUUUUUGUAAUGUACAAUACGGAAGGUUUAAACAAAAAUACCCUUACCAUUCCUGCGACAAGUGUCUCAACAGAGCGCAGUUUUUCUGCUCUGAAGAGAAUAAAAACAUUUAUGAGAAAUUCAACUAGGCAAGAAAGGUUUUCACAUUUAGCACUGUUGUCUAUUGAGAAAGAACUGAUUCAAGAAAUGGCAUUACAGCAACAUUUCUACGACGAAGUCAUUGACGAGUUUGCAAAGAAAACUAGGAGAAUUCCUCUCAGUUUUAAAUAG